CCACUGACCCGGCUUUAAAGUUCUAGUUGAUUUUGAAACAAUAUUCGUUAUUAUUGCAAAAUCAAUAGAGCGUCCAAAGCGUCCGCAUUUUAGUAGACCAAAGUCAAUUAAAAGGUUUAAUGUGAGCUCAGUCGAUUUAGGUAGGUUUGUUGUUUUCGCCCGAUCACUAAUUGUUUCGCUUAUUGGAUUUUAUCGAAUUGUUGCGUAAAGUUUAUUAAAGGAGUAUUUAGCUACGUUUACAGAUUCACAACGUUCUACUUCUUUGUAAUUUGUAGGCGUAAUACGACCUUCAAGUAAUUUACGUAAUUGUUACUUUUGUAACAGAACAGAACAAUGCAAACCUCUACAUUGGUCGUCCUCGCCUGCCUGAUCGCUACCGUAGCUGCAUACACGCACUACGAGAAGUACCCUGCAUUGGAGGCGGUAAACAUUCCAAAUGACGCAGCGUACGAAUCCAUUUACGACACACCUGCGCAUGAGAGAUCACCUAGGAUGAAGAGAGGGCUACUGCUGUUAAAAAAGAAACUUCUUCUUGGUGCCUUAGGACUGAAGGCUGCCAAGGUGGGCGCAGCUGGAGCAGGGGUAGCUGCCGCACUUGCCCUUAAGAAAAAACCACAGUCAGUCCAUACAGUCCACAUCCAGCCAGCUAAACAUUACGGGUACAACAGCCAUGGUCCAUCAUGGAACGUAGAAGUUCAUCGGUGGCACUAAAACAUCUGCUUCGUGAGCUGUCUGAUACUGGCUAUGUGCUCAAGACGCUUGGAUGAAGCAGUGUUUAGAGAUUUACAGUAGACUGUAAGAUGGGGUAUGUUUAAGUAUUACGAGACACUCCAAAGUAAUUAAGUCAUAGAGCCUUAUGAAUUUUAAUUGAAGAC